AACAGUGCAAAAUGAUUAUAUGGAUCAAGAACUGUCUGAUAGCAAAAGUGGAACAAAAGCUGAUGAAAUUUGUCAAGAAUUACCAGACAAAACAACCAUUCCACUCAUCCAGCAUGAGUCUGCAGUUGCUGUGAGUAAUAAUUGUUGUAAGAGGAAGAAUUCUUGUGGAAAAAUGGAUAAAGUAGAGAAUAAAAUAAAAUUCCCAGAAAGUAGAGAAGUAACUCUUGAAGAAAGAGAAGAAGGAAAAGAUGAGAAGAUAAAAAAGGAAGAGGAAGUAGAUUCAAGAACUUGGCCAACAUCUGGGGAAAUUCUCAAGAAUUCCAGAAUCAAAAGUAAGAGUGUGACUGAUGUAUCAUGUCAUUUAACUCCUGUCAAAUCAAAACACAAAUCUCUUGUGGAACUCAACAAACUCCAGACUGACCAAGGAUCUUCUGAAAAUCUCUCCACUUUCUCUUCCGUUACGGAACUGAAUGAUAAACUUGUUCAGGAAUCUGAAAAGAGGAGAAAAGCCACUGAACUUGUGGAAGAGUUACAGAAUCAGUACAGUGACCUUCUCACACGAUAUGCCGAUGCUGCUAAUACAAUCGACGAGAUGCGUUUAGGCGCCAGUUCUGUCCCAUUAUUGUCAUCUCGGAACGGAUCACAAACUUUUACAAACAACAUAAAUUUCUGUCGCCCCCUGGUCACAUCAACACCCCUACAUUCUGCCCUCUUGGCAAAUCAAGACAGCCGAAACGAAGGGUGUAUGAAGUCUGGUUUCCAUGGAAAUAGUGAAUCGAAGAAAUUUCAACAAGGAGGGAACCAUGACCUCGAAUCCCCAAAAUAUGUAUCAAAGGCAGAAAGUAUUAAAAUAACACUGCUGAAGGAAGCAAGCAAUCUUGAGAAAAUGAUAAAUUCUCUGGAGACCUUGCUGGAGCAAAACCAACUGACUCACAAAGAACAGAAGAAAUUCUUUGAAAAAGUUUGCACAGAGCAGAACAAACAGCGCCGGCAAUACCUUCGCAUUAAAGAAGAAUUCGUAAUUAAAGGUGCAGCCAACGGCAACGCAUUUGAUGAAGACAAAGAACUGGAAGGGUGCCUCUUUGAUCUCCAGAUGAGAUUUGAUGAACUUGAGGAGAAAUAUCAGAACGUACAGGACAAUUUGAAAGAGCCAUUCCAGUCAGGUGACUGUUGUAGUCCAGUCGAUAGUUUAGAUGGGACGAAAGAAAGUGAAAAUGUCCCAGAAGAUGGAAUAAUGAAUGACAGUUAUGAAGCAAGGAAAGAGAAGUUUCUGGUUCAAUACAAUGUAUUGAUGGAUAAAUAUUGGCAGCUGAAGUUGAGCGGAACUCUUGAUGAUGGGGACCAAGAAAUGAAGGAAAUCACAGAGAAAUUACGACAAAUAAAGAAAGAACUUUGUCAAAAUGAAGAACAUCAACAUCAACAACACCAAAGAGAGUGUAACAUACAUAAAGCAGGAAUGGAUUCCGACAUAUUGGCUGAAAUGGUCAUAGCAAAGAAAAUCACUGUUGAAGGAGAAACCCAGGAAAAUUUGGUCCUCAAAAACGAAUCAAACAGAAACUUCCGUGUGAGUCGAUGCCUUCCAGAAGUUCCUGAAAACAAAACUGGAACAAGAAAUAAAAAGUGUGACGAAGUUAGCAGCACAACCAGUGUCCCAGACAGUGGAAUCUCCGAUGUCUGGAACUUGUCACUUCCAUCAAAGCAUUCCAGGCAAUCCAUGUCUGGCCUUCUGCCAUUAACCAAAUUCACUGAUACGAAUAAAGAACAUCCAAUCAGUAAUCCUGAAGUUGUUUCCAAACAGACAGAUGCAAUGUCGUUAAACAGAACUGGUCAAGCCACACCAAUGGACACAACAUCUCGGGCAAGAAGCAACCAAACUGUUCCAAUGGCGGUUGAACCUGCAGCAAGAACUGACCAUAGUACCACAUCUACAGACAAAGGAACUUUAGUAAGAAAUGAUCCCUGUACUAUGUCAACAAACCAAGAAUUGAUGUCAAGAGUUAAUCAGCAGCAACAUGUUCAAAGUUCUUUGGUUUUACCAAAAAGAUCCCAACACCAUUUGACGAGUGAUGCUGGGGUUCAAUCUCAACACAGUUUUGUUACAAAACAGAAAGCGAAAGAGAAACAGACAAAUGAAGAAGAAAACGAAGAGGAAGAAGGUUCCAAAUUGUGGCAACCCAAAAUGGCAAAAUCAACCACAGCAUCAAAGAUGGUCAGCACCAGUGAACUUCUUUCAGAAAGCAGCAGUUCUAUAGAAUCAACAGAGGAUGGUGCCACUCAAACGAGUGACCCUCACAGCUCUGGCAGAAGAUCCAGAAUAACAUCACAGCCUUCCUCAAAAUUCCGGAGAAAUUCUGAUGUGGUUUUUUGCAAGAAGACCAGAAAUGCCUCAAAGAAGUUCUCCAUUGAAAGUGCACAGGAUGGAACCAAAUCUGUUGUGGGUUCACCGAAAAGAUCAACCUCGAUGUCCCGCUCGACGACUCAAGAUACUGAAAAGAAAGAUCCCAUUCCAACAUUCAUUAAAACAUCUCCUAAUCGGAAAAAGCUUCAGGCUUUGCAACAAGAAAUAGAAUUCCUGAAAGAAACAUUUAAUCGCAGAAUCAGCCAGCGUAAUCCAAAAUUCGAGAAAGCUGAGAUAAAUGACUCCAGUGCAGAAAAUUGGCAGCCAUUAAUAACACAACAUCAAUUUUCUUCGACAACAUCUGCUGAUAAUCCCCAAAAUCCAUACAUUCCAACACAGAUAAACAAAUCUGCCAAAUAUCCUCCCAGACAUCCAGUCUUCAACAGCAAUGCUUCCUCGAAUCCCCAAACUACGACAUUCUUCACAGAUGCUCCAACAUUAAAUUUAGCCAAAUACGAUAUUGAGAGGAACUCACAGAUGUCUAGAAGCCCAGAUCAUUGUGGCACCACUGGUGUUUAUCAAAUUAAACCCCAGCAACCCAAAAGUAUGAUCAGGACAAUGAUGACUCCAGCCCCUAAUUUGGUAAACACCCCUUAUUACACACCAAAUGGAGUUUAUCAUGGUAUAUAUAAAGAACAUCAACCUUCUCCAAGAGUUCAAGCAAUAUCAUGCAAUAAAUCUUCACAAUUCCAGCAAAGAAUAGACCAUUACAAUGAUGGAACACAGCCCCUAACGAAUCACAGAAGCUCCUCAAGGGUUCCAGCUCCUAUGAUGGACAGCUUUAAAGAAAAUAUACAAUAUGGUCCUGGUCGCCUGGAACCAGCAAGUUAAAACUAAAUACAGUGCUGCACAGAGGUCUGGUAGUGAAAUGAGUAACUUUAUUACCAAACCAUAUUCUGGUUCCACUGUAGAAGACAAAUAUGGCUACGGUACUGCACCCCUCAUGCAAAGUAACAGAAACAAUGCAUUUUAUGCAUCACAAGAUGAACCAGAUAAUAUGGGUACCAUGUAUUCUUUGGAUGAGUGUUGUUGUAAAGUUACCAAAUGCAUCCACCAUGGUCAUGUGUGUUCGGCAGCACCAAUAUAUCGGAAAGCCGACACAAAUUCGCAGAUAUUAUGGGGAGGAGCUACAGAUCCCAGGAAUUGUGAGGU